GAGAGAGGCAUAGGGUGUUUCUUCCCAUGCAUCUCACCCAGGGACAGCUGACUGGCUGGGACUUAAUUGCUCUGAAGUGAGGUCAGCAAGAGGCAUUUAUCUAGGCACAGCGCACAACAACAGGGGAAGAUGCAGAGGACCAGCCUGCUGGAGUCAGUGAGACGUCCAUGGGAAGAGACAGACACAGAGAGCUCGUGCCUAGCUACCCAGAAGCAUUGGGAUCACUGCAGUCUUACACCGCAGACCAUUAGGGAAACUAAAUACCGCUAUUUACAUCUCUGGUCACUCACAGCUAAAGUCCUGAAACAGACAACAUAAUGUCCGCUGUUGGACUAUGGUCCUCUACGCCAGACACAAACACAGAGUGAGGAUUACAGAGCGCUCCACAGACCAGUCAGCAGUCACCCUCCAGGCCCUGCCAGGUUCCAGCCACUCCAGCUCCCUCCACCAUCCCACCAGGGGGCCCUGCUGCUGGGAGAGGGACGCGCAGGGUCAGGGGUGAGGGCUCCGGGGUCAGGGGUCACGGGGUGCCGAGCAACAGCGCACGGAUCUCUAUUUCACAUUUCAGUAUGUUGUUCAUGAAGUCCCACUGCAGUGCAUUAUAAUGCGCAAAUGGAUGCUUACAUGGAACCUGCCAAAUGUGCUCUCGGGACUGUACGUGCAAAUGAUGUUCCUGGUGGGCAGCGUGUGUGUGGCCUGCAGUGACCGCACUCCGGAGCAACUGGCUGCCAUCAUGAACUGCUCCAAGCACGAGCGUCACACCAGGAACUACGACUACAUGGAGGGUGGAGACGUGCGCAUACGUCAGCUGUUCAGCCGCACGCAGUGGUUCCUCACCAUCGACGAGUACGGCAACAUCAAUGGGACACAAGACUCCACCAACUGUUACACUAUUUUGGAGAUCAGGACUGUGUCAGAGGGCGGUGUGCUUGCCAUUAAAGGUGUGAAAAGUCAGUACUAUAUCUCUAUGAACCGGACUGGACUGCUGCAAGGCAAGAAAAUCUACAACGAAAACUGCAACUUCAAGGAGGUUUUCUUAGAAAACUACUUCAAUGCUUACGCCUCAGCAAAGUGGACAAAAAAUGGCAAAGAGAUGUUCAUAGCCCUGUCUCAGAAGGGAAGGUCACUGAAAGGGAAGAGGACCAGGAGGGAGCACAUAGCAUCUCACUUUAUCCCCAGGAUGUGCAAAGCGGAGGAGCACAGAGUAGACUGACAGGAGAACACGCACUGAGGAGGAGGACGAGGAGGAGGAGGAGGAAGACGA